AAUCAAAAGUAACAACAAAAAUUGUAUAAAUAUAUAAAAGUUUUCUAGUCAAACAAAAAAAAAAAAAACAACGAAGGAGAUUUACACAUCAACUGCCCCCCAAAACAGAAACAGAAACGGAAACCUGAAUUGAGGUCUUGGAGUGGUCUCUGAGCCAAAACCCAAAUCAAAACAAAAAAAAAUUGACAGCGCCGGAAAGUGACCCAAAAGGAGGGGGACACGACUGUAAAACUGGCCAAAAAAGAUGCCAUACCAUCGGAGUGGAGACGCCUCGGCACAGGCCGACAAAUUGAGCGGCAUUGUGGAGGAGAGCGAUCUGUAUGAGGGGUUUGCACCGCAUGUCGAGACCUCGGAAAUCAAAACCCUUGACUUUUACAAUCAGCCCAAGCCAUCCGGCAAGGAGCCGGCACUGCGCUCCUACACGGAAAUCCAACAGCUACUGCAGCAGGGCAAGAAACGUGACGUAAAGAACAUACUCAGAGAGAACUCAUGGCCGAUCAACUCUCCCAUACGCGCCCAGCUAUGGCCGAUGCUAUGCGGCCAGCACCUGACCAAGCAGCAAAUGCUCGAUGGGUUCUACUGGGAGAUGGUCCAUCAGGUCUUUGGCACCACAGAGCUGUCGGAGAAGCCGAUUAUGCUGCCCGCCUUUGUGGAUGCCACACACUGUUUGCCCUAUCAUCUGACCAGCACGGGCCGUGCCGUUGCCGAUCGCAUUGUGAAUGUGUUGGGCUAUGAUUGCCCCGAUAUUACCUACAGUCCAGUAUUGUAUCCCAUUACAUCGAUACUUUUGCAUUUCAUGUCGGAGGAGGAAGCUUACAUGUGCCUGGCCGGUCUGGUGGGCAGCAAGGAGAAGGUAUUCAUCAAUCAAACCAAACUACAGCAUGAGGUCACCUGGAAGACGGUGAUGCAGAUAGCCAAAAAGCACACGAAAAGUGCCAUUUCGUAUUUCCAACGUAUUUGUCCGGGUCUGAAGCUGGAGCGCGUAUUCAUGGACUGGUGCUGGUGGAUAUUAGCCGGUCUACCCUUCCAGCAUCUGGUGCGGAUCAUGGACUGUUAUUUCCACGAGGGCAUCAAGGUCCUGUACCGUGUGGCCCUGGUCGUGCUCAAUCUGUUCCACAAGGAGUGCCAGUCGAACAACGAAUGGAGUCCGGAUAAUAUUAAAAAUGACAUUGGCAAUGCCCUGAUCAAAUUCUGCAAGAAGAUACCAGUGUCGCCGGCGAAACUUCUCCAUGCCGCGUUUAGUAUUAGGGGACUGAGUACCCAGUAUAUUUCUAGAAUAUUUAUCAAGACUGAAAUGCUACUAAAAAGCCGUUCCGUGCUCAAUAGCGGUUCGAAGCAAUUAAUCAAAUCGCGUUCAAGUGAUAAUCUGCCCACUAGUCAGUCGCAGGUGAACAUUCAGAUGAUGUCGCAUACAUUGACCAUCCGUGAGAAGCUGCACUCCGAGAGCUGUCGCAAUUUGGGCGAAAAGUCGCCUGGUCAUAGAGCCAUCGCAAUGGGCGUCUAUCCCAUACACAAUCUGAAAAGUCAAGUCUGUAAGAACGAAGAUCUAUUCACGUUGUGGUCGUGGCUGCCUGUGCGGAUAACAAUGUACCAACCGGUGCUGCUGUACACCACAGAAGAGCACGGCUGCUCUCUGACCACAUUCUACGUGCGUGUGGAGCAGCACGAGCCCACGCUGCUCAUGAUCAAGACUUGCAAUAAUGAGGUCUUUGGCGCCUAUUGCUCGUCGCGCUGGUUUGAGAGGAAUGUCAAGGAUGACAAGGGCCAGCGACAGGCCUACUUUGGCACCGGCGAAACCUUCCUGUUCUCUUUGUAUCCAGAGCGUGCCAAGUACCCCUGGGUGGGCAUUGAGGGUGACAAGGAUCUGGGACACAGUUCCGAGCUGUUUAUGGCAGCCGAUUCCAAAAUGAUUACAAUCGGUGGAGGUGAGGGUCAGGCCAUUUGGAUGGACGAGAAUAUACGUUUUGGCAAAACGGAUGGUUGCAAGACCUUCAACAAUCCCCCGCUCUGUCCAUCCGGUGACUUUGAGAUCCGUGUGCUGGAGGUCUAUGGCUUUGUGGGCAUCUAAAGGGGCUCUCCGUAUCGGAAGCUCUGUUCAAUCCAACCAAUAUUGCCCGCCGAUGAUCAAGUGCUCAGCCAAAACCGCUACCC